UCUCCGUCGCCCCCUGCUCGGCCGAUCCGCCCCGGGCCCCGGUUCCUGCGCGCCGGCGGCGGAGUCGGACCAUGGAGGGCGCCUGCGGCUCCCAGGGCGGCCUGGGGCGCGCGGUGUGCGUGGUGACCGGGGCCUCCCGCGGCUUCGGCCGGGUGCUGGCCCUGCUCCUGGCGCCGCUGCUCUCCCCGGGCUCCGUGCUCGUGCUGAGCGCCCGCAACGACGAGGCGCUGCGGCGGCUGGAGGCCGAGCUGGGCGCCGGGCGGCCCGGGCCGCGCGUGGUGCGGGUGGCCGCCGACCUGGGCGCCGCGGCCGGCCUGCAGCGCCUGGUGGACGCGGUGCGCGGGCUGCCCCGGCCCGAGGGCCUGCAGCGGGUGCUGCUGAUCAACAACGCGGGCACGCUCGGGGAUGUGUCCCAAGGCUUCGCCUCCCUGGCUGAUGCUGCCGAGAUCAACAGCUACUGGGCUCUGAACUUAACGUCGAUGCUCUGCCUGACUUCCAGCGUCCUGAGGGCCUUCCCAGACAGCCCUGGCCUCAGCAGGACUGUGGUGAACGUCUCUUCUCUCUGCGCCCUGCAGCCCUUCAAGGGCUGGGCGCUGUACUGCGCCGGGAAGGCCGCCCGGGAGAUGAUGUUCAAGGUCCUGGCCGCGGAGGAGCCUGGUGUGAGGGUGCUGAGCUAUGCUCCAGGGCCCCUGGACACAGACAUGCAGCAGUCGGCCCGGGAGAACUCUCUGGACCCAGAGUUGCGGAAAAGGCUGCAGGAUCUGAAGACAAAGGGGGAGCUGGUGGAUUGUAGGAUGUCCGCCCAGAAACUGCUAGAUGUGAUUCAAAAAGAUACAUUCACGUCUGGAGCCCACGUUGACUUCUAUGAUAAAUAAGCCCAUACCCUUGGCUUCCUGGGGCUCCCUUCCCCCCUCUUUCAGGCACACCCAGAAGCCCUGCGCCUCCUCACAUCUUGCCACAAUGGCACCACCAGCUCUGCUUUACACUGAUAAGCACUCAGGCCUACUGUCCUGCUCUCAGACCCAGCCCGCUGUGAGGUCACGGGGGUGGGGGGGCGCUCAGUUGAGCGCCCUGAGUUCGGGGGAGGGGGGGCUUAUGGGAGUUAGGUGAGAGAAGUGAAUGGGCAUUGGUGAGAACUCUCCGGGAAUAGAAUUCUAAGGAUGGCAAGGUAGGACAAGAAGCUGAAACACUGAAGAGAAGGGAUUGGGUCUCCUUCCAUGGCCCGUCCAUGGGGAAAGGAGGGCCCAGUAGAUUAGAUUGACAGAUGGCCUGCGGGGAGGGAGGACAGCGGAGUGCCAGCCUACCUGGAUUCCCUUUACUCAGGGUAACAAGACCUUCUAUUGAACUUCAACGCCUCAUUCUUCUACCUUCUUCCCUCUAGAACCUCUGUCUGUUCCCCAGAUCGGGGGUGGCGGGCUGAGAGUUUUUGUACAAGUCAAAGGCAGAUACAAAUAAAGUGU